AGAUAAAGAUACUGAACUGAAAAUGGCUCUUGAGAAAAAUGAAUCCACUUUAGAGGAGAUGAGAAGGCAGAUGAGAGAGAAGGAGAAAGAAAAGCAAUGCCAAAUCAUUAAACUUCAAAUGGAGUUUGGUGCUAAGCUUGCAAGAGCCCAGAGCAUGUCGCUAAAGAGUCAGCCACAGACACAAGCUUCAGGUCCUCUGCCACAGAAUAUCUUCAAAAGAAAGCUCCAGUUCAUUCAGGAAGAGAAAAACAAAGAGAUUGAGGCUCUGCGUCAGAGGGUGAGAGAGCUGGAACAGCAGAGCCUCCAUGGACUGAUAGACUCUCGUCAGAAGAGGAGGAAAAACUAACGAGAUCUGCGCUUUGUAACA